AUGACGUGGGCACAAGGCCCUGAUGAAGGCCCCAUGCUGGCUGUGGAGAUGAGCUUUGAUGAAGAAGAGUAUGAAAUGACGUUUGACGCUCCGGAGCCUCCCCAGGAGUUGCCAAGAAUCACUGAGGGUGCGAUUUUCAAACGUAUGUGGCGAAUGUUCCGCCCCAGACAAGACGGCAGCUACCUGGUGCCCGAGUCCAUGGUGAAAGAGUAUCAGAACAAGGUCUCAAGGCCGACCGUCGUUCGUGCUUUUGAACGCUGUGGCUAUCAUGUGGAAAAGUUUCUGAAGAAGGUCAACAAGACCCUCGAGGACGUGGAGGAGGUUGAAAUCGAGGAGGACUGGGAGUUCAUGACCGAGGAUGAGAUGAGGGAAGCCAAUUGGAAGACCCACCGCUCCAUCGUCCGCCGAAUGAUGGAGGCAGAGGAGGAGGGCGAGAUCGAGGACAAAGACCUCGCCAUGGAUUGGGGGAAGAUGGAUAUGCAGGGCUGCAACAGCAGUGCACCGGCUGGUGGCGCAAACCAGGGGCCUUCGCUAGAUGGGGUGGACAAGAAGACCCUGCAGUGCUUCCCUGACCUGGAGAAGGUUUCGGUGCCUUCGUCAAUAGUGCCCAAAGCAGGAGCCGCCGUGCAGAAAUGCUUAGCUAAGCUUUCGGCCCGCAUGAGCGAGCUGUUGCUGUGUGUGGAAUCUGACCUCGUGACGAAGCCGAUGAUGCAACGACUUACCCAGAUGCGAGACAACCUCGCAACUGCAGAUGCUCAGAUGACCAAGCUUUACGAGCAGGGCAUGCUGGAUGGGUACGAUGGCGAGUAG